UGUGAGCUGCGGCGGCCCCGCGCCUGUCCCCGGCUCUGACGGGGCGGCCUCACCUGAUCCUAUGGCGCCCACUCCCCCACAGCUCCACCUGGAGAUCAGAAACAACACACACAGCGGACACCUGGUGCUCCGGUGCUUCCCAACAAAGUGUUCAGAGUUCCAGGUUUCUCUCAGCUCGUCAUCCCUACACGUUCAAACUGAUGAGAAGUGUGUGUACCUGCGUUUGCCACCAGAGGUCAGGACCGCACCUUCCUCCUGUCGCAGUCUCCAAUAUGUUGCAGCAGAUGGAUUACACAUGAGGUUGCAAGUUGAGACAGACAGCCUUGCAGAACUGGUUCCAACUGCGAUGAAGAGCUUAGCGGCCCAGAUGAGCUUCAUCUUUCAGUGCCAGACGUGUGGACAGUCUUUACUUAAAAAGCAGAUCUUUCGGAGAGUUCUCCCUUUACCAAAUGGGAACUGGAGUGAUUUGGUGGAACACUGGUGCUGUCAUCCUGAUCCCUUUGCCAAGAAGUUGGAGCCAAAGGAGGAUGACUGCUUGUUGGGUGACACAUUUAUGUUGGUCAAUGUGGCCGACGUUGAUGAAACUGCGGUACAGGAAGUGAAAACUGGCCAAUCAGAGGUCUCGCAGCUCGCGGGUGAAAUCCAUUCAGUACAGAAACCAAAAGGAAGUCACGCCGUUGUCUGCACACGCUGCAGGAAGAUGUUGGGAGAGUUCACGGCAUCAGAGACAAUGAAGUUUUAUGUGACCGAGGUCCUGGUUCAACCAGUCACUGACCAGGGUUUGAAGAGGAACAUGCUUAAAAGAUCUGUGUUUGUGGAGAGUGUGGUUGCCGGUCGACUGAUGGAGUUGUCCUCUGCUCAGAGCACAUUCCGAUUCUGCAUUCAAGGACAUGAUGGGAAGACAUACAUUUUACUGUGGCUCUUGAAUUCUGAUACCUUGUUAGUGAGAUCCCAUGUAAAGCCAGAUGUCUGUGAUUUUUGUGAGCCCAACAAGAGAAUAGCGAAGCCUGGGCUGUCAUUCAAAUCGUAUGGAGCAAACAACGCCAUCAAAGUACUCUAUCACUCAUGUUUAAAAGGAAGAAACAAAGAUAUUCGAGACACAUGGGAAAAGAAUAUUGGUGUGCACUCUCUAAUUCUGCCAGUAAACACCUGUCUAGAGCUGUUACUCAUACUAGCUGCCAGCACUGCCUCUCUCCCUUCAUCGCUGCGGAGUAUGAACUCAUUCAAGCUUUUUGUUGGAUCAGCUGGGUACCUGGCACAUGCAGAACCAUGCAGAACUAAAGAGUAUCCAAACCAGACAGAGUUCCACUUGUGCAAGAAAUGGAGCCAUUUGCCUGGAAUGGAGGAAGCACACUCUCCCCAGAAGGGUAGCCUUUUUGAAUCUGGAUUAAUGACUGUCAUUUUCUGAUGGGAAUGACAUUUGGAUUAGGAGAAAAAGUGAAUUAAUUCAGAAAAUCACAGGAAAGAAAAUCAUCUCAGAAGAAAAAAUAGUGGAUUGACAGAAGUGAUUGAAUACGCUUGCUGUGCAAGAUAGUAAUUUCAUCACAGUAGUGACUCACCAAGGAAAAGACUACAUUAAAGCAUUGCAUCUAGAUUACCAAAAA